CAGCCAUAUUGUCUUACAUAAGCCAAAAACUUAGGGACAAAAACAACCGAAAAGAAAUGAGGAGAAAUAGAGUUUAGAUCGGAUAUUCUAUGAGUGCAUAUCUUUAUAUUUAUUGUACACAUACUCAAGUUUUAAAUGGCGUUUAGAUUUUGCCUUAAACCAUUACAGCCAUGGCUGAACUAUUCCAGUUUUCGAGCGUCUAUAACUCAGGUUGGUCGUUUCUCAUGCAGUAAUAGAGUUUUGCUGACUCAGAAGACGAAUCUACUUAGUGAUGCUCUCUUUAGUCGUCUUAGAUUUAGUUCUCAAGCACCCAAAGGUUUUGAAAGGUUUUUCCCAGGAGCUUCAAAGCARGGACCCAAGAAUGCAAAAUCAGAAGGAAAAUCAAGUUCUCAGUCCAACAAACCCCCUGGGGGUGGUACAUCAGGUGGCAAGAAGCCCAAACCAUGGUGGGAUAGUUUUUAUGAGGCCUAUCAACAACAAAUAUGGCUUGCAGUAGGGUUAUCAUUAGGUACUGGCUAUCUUCUUAUGUCUAGCGGCACACCAACAAGGGAGAUAAACUGGCAAGAAUUCCGUACAAAUUACCUUGAAAAGGGAGAUGUUGAAAAGCUCAUUGUGUCUAACAAAAGUCAGGUUAAGGUUUACACAAAGAACAGCAUAAUAGAUGGUCARCUGACGUUUACUAUUGGUAGCGUUGAAAACUUUGAAAGAAAUCUAGAAAAUGUACAACAAGAAAUGAACAUUGACCCUGCAUACUGGGUACCAGUCACCUAUGUUAAAGAAUCUGAAUGGCUCAAAGAGCUGAUAAAGUUGACACCGACAUUACUCAUAAUAGGAGCACUAGUCUACUUCAGUAGAAGAUUAUCAGCUGGUUCAAAAGGACAAGGGGGAAUAUUUGGAGUAGGUAGUUCUACUGCUAAGCUAUUCAAUAAAGAGACUAGUGUGGCAAUAAGAUUCAAGGAUGUGGCAGGGUGUGAGGAGGCUAAGCUUGAAAUCAUGGAGUUUGUGAAUUUCUUGAAAAACCCUCAGCAGUAUCAUGAACUAGGUGCCAAAAUACCCAAGGGUGCUAUCUUGUCUGGUCCACCUGGUACUGGUAAAACAUUGCUUGCCAAGGCAACAGCUGGAGAGGCUCAGGUCCCUUUCCUAACUGUGUCAGGUUCAGAGUUCCUGGAAAUGUUUGUGGGUGUUGGUCCUGCUAGAGUGAGGGAUUUGUUUGGUCAAGCCAGGAAGCAUGCACCAUGUAUUAUUUUCAUUGAUGAGAUUGAUGCAGUAGGGCGUGCAAGAGGCAGGACAGGACAAUUUGGUGGUCAUGAUGAAAGAGAGAACACUUUGAAUCAACUGCUUGUGGAAAUGGAUGGGUUUAGUUCCACAACAAAUGUAGUAGUUUUAGCUGGUACUAACAGACCUGAUGUAUUAGACCCUGCUCUACUUAGACCUGGACGAUUUGACAGACAAAUACAUUUAUCUGCACCAGAUAUCAAAGGAAGAUGUUCCAUCUUUAAAGUUCAUUUAAAGCCUAUCAAAACUAAUGCAGAUAUAGAGAAGCUGUCUCGCAGAAUGGCUGCCUUAACACCAGGGUUUACAGGUGCUGAUAUAGCCAAUGUGUGUAAUGAAGCAGCUUUGAUUGCUGCAAGACAUUUAUCGCCUGAUGUACAAGAGAACCACUUUGAGCAAGCAAUAGAAAGAGUAAUAGGAGGUCUAGAGAAAAAGACUCAAGUUUUACAACCUGAAGAAAAGAAGACAGUAGCAUACCAUGAGGCUGGACAUGCUGUYGCUGGUUGGUUCCUGGAACAUGCUGAUCCUCUAUUAAAGGUUUCUAUAAUCCCAAGAGGAAGAGGGCUAGGAUAUGCACAAUACCCUACUGGACAAGAUGUGUAUGACAUUAGGUGGGCGAGUAUCAGAGCAAAUAUUCUUCAAUCGUAUCACAACAGGUGCUCAAGAUGACUUGAGUAAAGUMACCAAAAGUGCUUAUUCACAGGUUGUCACAUUUGGUAUGAAUGAAAAGUUAGGAAAUGUAUCUUUCGAUCUGCCAAGGGAUGGCGAGCCUAGUUUUGAUAAGCCAUACAGUGAGGCUACAGCUCAACUUAUAGAUGAACAAGCACGAGAACUUAUCAACAAAGCAUAUGACAUAACAACAGCGCUGCUGACCAAACACAAAGGAGAUGUAGAAAAGGUGGCUCAACGCUUACUAGAAAAAGAAGUCCUAAAUCGUGAAGACAUGAUAGAUCUGCUAGGCCCYAGGCCAUUCAAGGAGAAGUCAACAUAUGAAGAAUUCGUUGCCGGAACAGGAGGUGAAACAGAAGACACAACAUUACCAAAGGGACUGCAGGGACUCAAAGAUGAUAACUCUGAAAGACCUGCACCAGCAGGGACCAUACCAACAUAGUACCUCUAACAAGAGGUCAUGUGACCAUCUCAUUCUAGUGCCAAAGUUUGAUAUGAACUUUCAGGUGAAAUGAAAACAAAGGUUGUAUUGGUUAUGAUUGYCCUCGCUUUCUUUUACAAAUCCAUCUCGGUAUUUUGGAAAAUGUUUAUUACAAUCAAUCUCACUUAUUUUUAUAAACAAUGUUGCAGUCAUUUCGAAGUUGUGAGCCACGUGACAACUCUAGGAUAUAGAUUUAAGCUGGACAAAUUGUUCACAUAAAAUCUUCCUCAGCGAGAUGUGACGAAUCUGCUCAGUACAUUCAGUAACUGUUGUAUCUCGUGAAUUGUCUUAUAUUUUCUUCUGGUUCCUGUGGCAUUCAAAUCUAACAGAAUAACUAUUGAUGACUUAUUGAUGCAGUAGAAUGUAGAAAUCAAAAGUCCGAAAUAUUAUGUGGCUGAAUCCCAGAAAAAGUCUCUCGAAAUUAACAUUCUUAAGUAAAGUAUAAAUAAGUGUAAAUAAUAGCAUGAUUUCAAAUGUGUAUACUUUAAAGUUAUCCUGUGUUAAUAAACAGUUUUGAAACGUU